AUGGAUAUCAUUCCAAUGCAGAAAGGUCAGACCAACCCUGUGCCAGACGUUGACCCCGAGGAGCCUGAGGAGGUCACAGAGGCCGUGUGUCUGGAGUCAGAGCUCCAAGAUGGACAGAUGAUGGAGGUUGAAGUCGGUCACCAUAAUGUCCUGUUGGCACGCUGUGAAGGAGUUUACCAUGCAGUUGGAAACCAAUGCACCCACUACGGUGCCCCACUGAGUAAAGGUUACCUGGGUGACCAUAGGGUCCGCUGCCCAUGGCAUGGGUCCUGCUUCGACCUCAAGACAGGUGAUCUGGAGGAGUUCCCUGCAAUGGACUGCUUGCCUACUCACAAGGUGAAAGUCGAGAAUAGUAAAGUGUAUGUAUCAAUCAACAAAAAGUCUCUGGAACAGAACAAGCGGCUAAAGUCCAUGGGCAGCAGAGUACCUGGAGUCUCCCACACCGUCUUACUGUUAGGGGGAGGAUGUGCCUCUUUGGUGUGUGCUGAAACAUUGCGGCAAGAAAAGUAUGGCGGUCGGAUCAUCAUGGUGACAAGAGAUGACCUGUUGCCAUAUGACAAAACCAGACUCAGCAAGGUCAUGAAUGUGGAAAGUGACAGUAUCCUGUUGAGAAGAAUGGAGUUUUUCCAUCAGUAUGACAUAGAAAUGUGGCUCAGAAAGGAGGCUUUGUCAAUAAAUACUGACAAGAAAACAGUGACAUUCAAUGAUGGCAUUACUCAGUGUUAUGACCAGCUUCUAAUUGCAACUGGCUGUAGAGCCAAGGGACUGGAGUGUCCUGGUUCUGACCUGGAGAACAUCUUGAUGUUGCAGAUACUAGAAGAAAAAGGUGUAACAUUUUACAUGAAUGACAGUGUGACAGAGAUCAGAGGGGAAGACAAGAAGGUGAAAGAAAUAAUCCUGAAAAGCGGCACUGUUAUCCCUGCUGAUAUUCUUAUAGUGGGCAUUGGUGUCAUUCCAAACUCAGAGGUCCUCCAAGGGAGCAAUGUUACCAUGGAUGCAAAGAACUUCGUCCCUGUUGACAAGUAUAUGAGGACAAACAUAAAGGACGUCUUCUGUGCAGGGGACCUGUCAACGUUCCCUCUGAAAAUGGCCAAAGACCAGAAAGUAAACAUAGGCCACUGGCAGCUAGCACAGGCACAUGGACGGGUGGCAGCCCUGAACAUGCUGAAUAAAGAGGUAGAGUUCGACUCUGUGCCUUUCUACUGGACCGUCCUCCUGGGCAUGACCAUCCGUUACACAGGGUUUGGGGAGGGCUACACUGAUUUAGUAUUAAAAGGAAAAGUUGAGCAUUCCAAAUUCCUCGCACUCUAUAUCAAGGAUGACAAAGUGGUGGCCGCUGCAGGGCUGAACUUUGACCCUGCGGUUUCCGUGGUUGCAGAGAGGUUAGCCACUGGUAAAACCAUUUCAAAAGCAGAAGCUGAAUCUGACGAUCUCAGCUGGUUGCAUCUGCCCGAUCUAAACCUGUCGUGACACCAGCCUGGAAUGUUCCUCCUCCUGAC